AUGGAGCAGCCUCUGUACACAAAUAAAAGUUGCCCUGUAAUGAGAGAGCCUAGAAACUGUUUCAUGAAUGGAAGGGUAGACACAGAUUUUCUCAAGUGGAGAUGGCAACCUAAUACAUGUAAACUUCCCAGGUCUAAUCCGAAGUUGUUUCUUGAGAUUUUCCGGGGGAAAUCUAUGGCAUUUAUUGGCGACUCUGUUGCCAGAAAUCACAUGGAAUCACUGCUCUGUCUAUUGUACCAGGAGGAAAUUCCAGUAAACAUAUACUCGGCUUCAGAAGACAGGAUAGUCAAGUAUCGCUUUCCAAACCAUGAUUUCACCCUGAUGGUUUUAUGGACUACCUUCCUUGUACAACAAGAUGAAGUCAUGAAUUAUUUAUCACCCGCCGACAAUUUUACCCUACAUAUUGACAAGGUCAAUGAAGUUUGGAUGAAAGAACUACCAUCAGCUCUAGACUAUGCUAUUAUCUCUAAUGGCCAUUGGUUCUUCAAUAGGCGCUUCUAUCUUUACCAAGAUGGUGCAUUGAUUGGUUGUGUUUCGUGCAAUGAACCAGAUAUUCCAAAGCACGAUUUCACAUUUGCAGUCAGAAUGUCUAUGAGAACUGCACUCAAGUACACAGAACGUUUCAAGGGUAUAACGACGGUGUUAAGGACAUUCUCACCUGGACAUUAUGAGAAUGGGAAUUGGAACAGCGGCGGAUCCUGCACACGAACUAGUCCUCUACAUGAACUGGCCGAUGCUAAAAUCAUGAGGUCUUAUAACGUAUCUAUGGAAUUGAGGGGGAUUCAACUGGAGGAGUUGGAGAGAGCUAAAAGAAGGGAAAUUAAAGAGAGACGGCUUUUGGCAUUGGACAUAACAAGGGCAAUGUUGAUGAGACCUGAUGGACAUCCUGAUACUCAUUUUCCCGGUGUAGGGAGAGGAAGUCAUGAUUGUGUACAUUGGUGCUUACCAGGUCCAAUUGAUGCAUGGAAUGACCUUUUGUUGGCAACUUUGCUCAAGGAGACCGGCUAA